CAUAACGCCUCAUUUCCUGCUUCUUCGUUUCAGGGUCUGCUCCCACAUUCAGAGCUCGCGAGAGAGAGUAGAGAACAAGAACAAGCGGAAGAUGGUGAAGUUCCUCAAGCCAAACAAGGCCGUAAUCCUUCUUCAAGGCCGCUACGCCGGCCGCAAGGCGGUGAUCAUUAAGUCAUUCGACGAUGGCACUCGCGAGCGUGCCUACGGCCACUGUUUGGUUGCUGGGAUAAAGAAGUACCCCAGUAAGGUUAUCAGGAAGGACUCGUCCAAGAAGACGGCCAAGAAGUCCCGCGUCAAGGCCUUUAUAAAGCUCGUCAAUUAUCAGCACCUGAUGCCCACACGAUACACUCUCGAUGUGGAUUUGAAGGACAUCGUCACUGUCGAUAGUCUGCAGAGCAAGGACAAGAAGGUCACCUCUUGUAAGGAGACUAAGAAGAGAUUGGAGGAGAGGUUCAAAACCGGCAAGAACCGUUGGUUCUUUACCAAGCUAAGGUUUUAAAUUUGUUUUUUAUUUUGUGGGAACGACUCGUCGUCUUGUUUAGUUUAUUAAAGUUGUUAAGAUGAUUUUGAGGAUUAUGUAGUGUUUUAUGAAUCUGUUUUUGUUUGGAACUGGGUCCGUUUCCAUCAGACAUUUUUGGGUUUAUAAUGCUUUUGAAAGAUUUUUACUUAAAUUGCUAAUGUUAUAUGUUAUUUUCGUUUA